AUGGCUCCUGAGAUUGUGGAUGAUGAUAUUGAACAACAUCUUCUCGAAAAAAUCAGUCAUGACAUUCAACGUAUAGGUGAUCAGCAAAAUCUAAUGACUAGAUACUAUUCAUUAGAUUCUGAUUUUAAUGAUGUGAAGGACAUCCUCACGCGUACAAGAAAUCCAGAUUAUAACGGGGAUUGGUUGAGUGCAAGAAGGGAGAAUCUUUAUUACCUCAACAAUUUGUUGAAUGAAUGGCAACUCAUCAAGAAACGCAGCUCAUUUGCUCCUGUUGAAGAUCGUGAAGCAUGUCUGAACAUCAAGAAGAGCUUAAAGAAGAUGAUGAAGGAAUUCAAAGGUGAAGAAUCCAGUUCAAGAGGUGAUGCAGAAUACUCUGUUACUCGUCAUCAAGACCCACAACACCUCACUUUUGAAAGAAACAAGGAAGAUGUUUACAGGUGGAGCUCCAGGCAUGGACCGAGGAAAGUUCAUGGUUUUGAACACAAUGCCAUGGCCAUGGAGAGGGAGCUUGCCAUGCGAAAUAUUAAUGUUCCAUAUAAGGUUUUUGGGGUUGUGGGAGUCGCCGGAAUUGGGAAAACGACUCUUUGUCAGGACAUUUUUGGCCGGAAGUUAGUAAAGGAGCAUUUCUGUCCGAGGAUCUGGGUUUGUUUAUCCAAGCAACCUAGAGACAACCAUGACUACAGAAAAGAGAUUGUUGUCAGGAUCUUGAAAUGUCUCGGAAUAGAAGAUAAAGUCAUAAGUGAUGUAGCGAAGGAAGAACAUGGACUCCGGAAACUGAUUCUUCUUAUCCGGCUACAACUGAUUGGAAAAAGAUAUUUGAUUGUUCUCGAUGAUGCUUGGAACGAUAACGAAUUCUUCUUGAAAUUGAUUCGAACGGAAGACCCGAAUAUGAAAUGGGGUGAGGAGUUGGCAUACGCAUUGCCAAAAGGGUGUGGUGGAACAGUCAUUUCGUCGAGCAGGUCGGAUGCAUUACUAAAAAAGAUGCUUGGGAAAGAUGUAAGUUUGCUUUAUUUGAAGCCACACACCAAGGAGAUCAUUGAUCAGAUUUUCCGAGACACCGUGAUUGGGUAUGAGGAAGACGAGAGGGAAUUCCCUACGCAUUUGGAUGAAUUGAAAAUGGAGAUACUAAAAAAGUGUGAUGGAAUACCGUUGGCUGCAAAAUUGCUUGCUAAAAUUGCUCGGGAACCAUUGCCGCUAAAGCUGAAACCCCCACCGCCAACAAGCGUCGUCGGAGGUAAUGAGAAUAAACAGGCUCCGGAAAGUGGUGGCGAACAGUUGAAAGGCGGUGUCGAAGCCGGUGGCAGUGGCAGCGGCAGCGGUGUUCAUGACGGUGAGCACAACGGCGUUGUUCUUCCAAAUCCGAAGCAGAAGGAUGGUCUCCCUCCGAUCGGAUCCGAUCAGGUGGGAUAA